AUUAUUUGCCUUUGACGUCUCGCUGAGGAGAUGUAUUCUAUCGCCCCGUGGUCUAGGUAAGGCUGGUUAUUACAGCUGGACAGAAUGGUGAAAGUGAAAGUCACUUUUGGCGAUACUACGACCGACAUAGAGCUGCACCGAGAUCGUUCGCUCGAAGUGUUCAUGAACUCCGUUUUCGCUCACAUACAAACUCCAUUUUCUAACUCUGAGUAUGUCUUGGAGAACGUGGCCACGAAGUCCUGGCUGACCGAUCAAGAGUUGAGGAAUCCGGACUACGUCAUCCAGAGCGGCGCGGUGUUUGACCUCAGGCACAGGCCCUCAAAGAGCGUCGAGACGAUCGAGAAGUUGAGGAGUCCGGAUACGAGGAAGUUGACUUUGUACGAGUUGCAGAAAACUCAGUUGCUGGACCAUCAUUUUUGCGAGGAUUUUUUGAGGUCCGGUGGCUUAGAGGUGUUGCUGCAGUGCAUAGAGGAGUUGCAGGGGAGCGUCUUGUCGCACGCGCUGAAGUCCUUGUACUUGUUGCUGAGGAUCGGGGGCGUUUCGAGGAGUUUGGACGAGUCGUUUUUGACGAACAAUGUUUUGGUACAUUUUAACUCGAGCAACAUUGGCGUGUGUCGGAGCGCAUUUCAGGUCGCGGCGCUGCUCUCGAAGCAGGAGAACCUUGGUUUCGCGGGGAUUGACGCCUGCAUAUCCAAGAUGGAGGGCGGGCGGAGCAAGGCGCCGUACAGCAACGUGAUUGAGGCGUUGUACCCGAAGGACGUGUCGUUGCAGGUGGCCGCGCUGAGUUUUGUGAACUCGAUGUUGGCGGCUUGUCCGGAGGGGUGCGAGUUGACGCUGUUCGAGGAGAGACUGGAGGCACUGGGUAUUCGAGAAGUGCUGGGAGGGAUUUUGAAGCAGUUGCAGGACGAUCAGCUCAAGUGGCAAGUGUACAUAUACCAGUGCCUGUCGUUCCGCUACAUACUGAGCAUGCAACAGACGGCUUACGACAAGAACGUGCCGGACCAUGAGAACUUGCUAUUGAAGUAUUGGAGUUUGUGUAAUCCGAACGUCCAAUUAAAAGAUCGAGUGUCCGGACAGUGGAAGAAGUUGGGGUUUCAGGGCACAGAUCCUGCGUCCGACUUUCGUGGAAUGGGAAUAUUAGGUCUGUACAAUUUGGUCUAUUUCGCAGAGAAGUAUCCUGAGCGUCUUCAUAAGCUUUUUUCGAGGAAUAAAGAGAGAAUGGAGCGAGACUAUCCUAUAUCCGUGGCAGGGGUGAACAUGACAUUUGUGUUAUAUGAGUUGUUGGAUUUGAGUCAAGCAUCUCAGGUUUUAUUCAACAUCAAAUCUUCUGACUCCGACGAACGCCAAAAAGUCGAAUUCGUCCCCGUGAAUUGCCAACCUCAAAAACCAAAGUCAAUAAAAGUCAGUUAUGAUGAACUCUCGAGCGCCAAGAGCGAACCGUCUCUGUCUAGACGGGCGAAAAGUGCCAUGGGUGGCUCGAGUUCGUACACCCCUCGCCACCACAUCAGAAUCUCACUUCACUCCUCCGACGCUCACACGGUUCACUCCAGGCAGUCAUCCCCCAUCUCUGAGCCCGUGAAGGGAGACCACUUCCCACCUGUAAAAUGGGGUGGAAUCUCAGAUCUGCCUCUCAAUACGCUCUCGAAAAAAGCCCUCAGCGAACACAGAAUAUUCAGGAUGAUGCUGAGCGAAAGACACUCCUUCGAAGAACUUUACUGCAUCGCCAUGGAGACUCUCGACCAAAUCUGGGACGACCUGAACGCGUCUUACAUGGACUUCAACAACGUGAGAGCAACUGUUUCCAGAAAGCUACAAGAUGCUCUGAAUCUCAACCCGAUAAGUAUAGAACAGUUCAGGGAAUUUUUGUCCGACUCUUCUUUCUAACAGAUCCUUUUUUUGCUAGGCUCUUUAUACAGUGCAACUUCUGAUUGUCAUGUCAAAUGUUAUACAUAAAAGACAAUUACAUGUUUGUUGUUUAUACAUCGUCGCCUCUUAAAAAAAACCAGCCACGUUCGUGCUUAUCGUUUCGUAAGCCGAGACUCAUAAAGCAUGCCCUUGGUUGCGUCGUCAAAAAGAAGGCCGCGCGCCUGCGGUGAGCUCGAAGGACAGGCAGCAGAAGUUCUCUACAAGUCGACUUCUUAGGCGUUUUUGGCCAAGAUUUCCUGUGGACCACGCAAUCUACAGAUCCGGCGAUUGCAGCGCACUUCUUCGCCGCAGCAUCAGCGGGCUGUGGAACACAAGAAACCUGUACAGCGGCGACGUUUUCCAGCUGGCGGGCCUGUCGUCGCCGAUGAAGCGCGAGGCGGGGGACGUUUUUGCCUCCUGUUGGCGGUACAUCGGUACGCUCGGUGGUACACCGGUACACUUGGUGUGUGAUAAUAUUUGGAGUAUGCUCAGUGAUAUACCUCAGUUCCGUAUUUUGGCUCUGCUCGGUUUUGUCUGUGUCAGCAACCCCCACGAGGGGGCAACAGCGCUAACGACCGUUCCUACUGCGGCGCAAUUCUAAUGUGUUUAAACCUCAGGUACAAAUUGUCAGCGCUCGACACGUCGAGCCGCUGUUCGCCCAAUAAACCGCCGUUCGUCGUCGAGUUCUCCUCCCGCCCGAAAUGCAGCGCCAAGUCAGCACCCGUAGCAGGGCUCUAGGGUUUUCCUUCGAAGGGCUGAAGUCCGCCAACACAAAAAGAUGCCCGUUUUCACCGGUCAAAAAGUUGCCCGGUUCCAAGUAGCAGCGGAUGAACCCCAGUUUGUACAGCGCACCAGCGCUAUAAAUGACCUCGGUCAUAUAUAUGGCCCGAGAGCGUCUUGUUCAUCUAACGCCACCACUAUGUCGAGAAGCUGCUGGUCAUAUUUAUAUUUUUACACAUAUAAUAUAAUAAUCUGUACAUAUCACGUCCACACAGCCA